AUGAGCUUGCUACCAAAAAAUGGUAGGUACCUACCUACCUUUCCCCUCAGCUCAGCAAAGGACACCAGCCAGCUGGGAGGCUGGCAUAUGGACAAGUUGCCAUGCUGCCGAACCCCAGCUAGUCUCCACGACAAGUUGCGCGUUGAAGAGUCGGAUCUGGAUGCUGUCUUAACCAUAGGAACCUUUGCCGAUAAGCUGAGGGAAUUAAUCUUUCAAACUUUAGGAUUGCAUGCAACUUCCCCCGCCCCCGCGCUUCAUCAAGUGCGAUUUUAUCAGCAAGAACCUGUUCAGGAACCACCCGUCCAGUCCCACAGGUCAUCAUCUCCAUUGACGGAGCUCUCUGAGCACUCGGAGCGCUCAUCAUCACCAUCAACGGAGAUAUGCGAAGUCGAGGAACGCUUGCCUGAACAGCCACCUUCCCCAUUCCAUGCAUUCCAUGAACCAACCUCAAAGGCUAAUCGCCUUGUCCAUUCCUCUUUGAAGAGACCCGCGGAGAUCGAUGAAACCAUCCAGCAUAAGGGAAAGCAACGGCGUACCGAGUUUGUUCCUGCUGCCUAUGUUCCAUCAAAGCCAGCACAAGAUUUCACCCCGGCCCAGAUGGUUAUUCAACGGAAAAUGGCAUUCGAAUAUGUACAAAAGAGCAUUCGCGACGGUCAUGUUGUUUCUUUGGAUUAUGACCUCGCAGUGGCAAGGUUCCUGCAGGAGACAUCGCAUCUCAAUCUAGGGGACAUACCACAUGCAGUCGACCUUGUGCUAGCGGGAUCGGAGCGCCAAGGGCUGUCGACUUCACUACAAAGUGGCGCUUACCAGUGCGCCAAGUACAUCAAGAAAACAUUGCUGGCCUACGAGUCCGAUCCACAGCAGGGAAAACCCUUCGCUCUACGUUAUCCCAACUUACACGCUUUGAGAGCCCGCGCCAUGACAAAUAUUGCCUCCAUGCGCGCAAUGCCGUCUGACGUCCCUGUUAUUUUGCUCGACAUUGCUGGGCGAGUGCUCGCAAUUGGACUGCCUCCAAAACGACAUGAUACGCCUGCCACUAAGGACAGCCUGGUACACCCUGCUGAGAAUGAAGUGCCAAUAGUCGCUUAUAUUCAAAAUGAAGCGAGUCAACCCCCUAAUGGAAACCAUCAGCGUGUUCGGGACCGACAAGGAUGGCACACUGCCAAUCACGUAUAUUCUUACCCACAGGAGCGCGCACUCCUUGCUUGCCUUGGCUUGGCAAGAGUAUAUAACCUACCGAUUGUGGACCAAGAACUCUUCGACCAAGCUCCCAAGAACCGUCCCACAAGUCUGACACCUUUUCCACUCACUUUGAAGAGCGGGUCACAGCUCUCCCAAUCUAGUAGCGAAGUUUCCACACAUAUUGGGUCAAUAUAUGGAUCGGUCCAGUAUCAGUUGAUUGGGUAUGGCUUAGGUGUGGGCUCCCGGCGAUAUCCUCAGAUCAAUUCAGCCGAUAUUGCCGAUAAGAAGCUGGCCUUUGGGCAAGCAUACAAGGGAGCAAGGUUUGUAUUAUCCAAUUUAGGAGUUACACUCUGUGGAGAUCAUGGGUAUUCUGUCCAUGGUCUAUUUAAAGUCUUAGUCCACUCUGUCACCCACAUACUCCCCGACACCAAUCACACUCAACCCCCACAGAGAAUAUCUUUAGCCAUCUAUAACCAUGCAGAUGCUUUUGCUGGAAUCGCAAGAUAUUCUGCAGCAAAAGAUCAAACAGGACUAUUCAGUAACCCUUCAUUGUGGCUGCCCCUGUCCCCAGGCAACUUUUCUGUUUCCGACUGCGUCAAAAGCAGCUAG